GGAGACAUUGAUGAGUCCCUCAGAGCUCUUGAAAAUUUGAUGAGUGAAUUCUUUGCUGCAGCCACAAACAAUGAUCGAAAAAGAGAAAUUGAGUCGAUCUUGGCCAACUUCACACAGAUGUCAAAUGCCUGGGAAAUGUGCCUUUAUUUUAUGGCUAGCACUCAAAAUGAAUACGUGCUCAUGUUCUGUUUGAAUGUUUUAGAGACAUUGAUCAGUCACAAGUGGACGAACAUUGCUGGUAGUGAUAAGAUCGAGAUUCGAACCAGCCUAACACAGCUGUUGAUGAACCAGCAUUCUACAGUCCCAUCCUACAUACGCAACAAGCUAGCCAAGUUAAUCAUUGACAUAGGACGCAAUGACUGGCCUCAUUUUUACCCUGAUCUCUUCACAAAUAUUCUACAGUUAGCUCAGCAGCCAGAUACUGCCUUGCUUGGGGUUAUUCUACUUCAGACGGCUUCGGAAGAGCUAGCAGCUCCAAGAGAUGACCUCAGCAUGGCCAGAAAGGAUGAACUUCAUCGUUUAUUGCUACAGCAGGUUCCAGCUAUUCUUAGUAUUCUUAAUAACAUUCUUGAGUCUAUGUUAGAGAAACAUCGGCACUUAGUGGCGGCCACACCUCCCCCAUCUCCAACAUCAGGAGAUGGUAGCUCCAGGUCCACACGCCAGGGAUCUGCUCAGUUGUUUUCAACAUCGCCUAUAGCCAGUGCCAACUUUGUUUCCCUUCUUCUGGGAAGUCCGAGCAGAGGCCCACAGAUGGAGGCCCUGCCUCCCCUGGAUCCUGCCUCACAACAGUUAUGCUGGGCUGGGCUGAACUGCCUGGCUCACUACUUGUGCUGGGUGCCAUUGUCCACAGUCAUCAGGCCUCAACUUCUGUCCACAAUUUUUCAUUUUGCUGCAUUUGGCUGCCAGUCCCGACCGGAUGUCAAGUAUUCUAGUCCAAGCACUACCAGGAAUGGUGCAUUUAGCAGCAGUACCCAUAAAUUAGGUGUGCUGGCUAUGAACUGCAUUAAUGAAAUACUCAGCAAGAACUGUGUGCCCCAGGAGUUUGAGGAUUUUCUGCUGCAGAUGUUUCAACAGACAUUCAAUUUACUGCAGAAGAUUACCAAAGAGAGCAACACCAGCGCAUCUGGGAACAGGCUAGAAGAGCUGGAUGAGGUCUAUGUAGACAAGUUCACUGACUUCCUGCGACUGUUUGUCAGUGUACACCUGCGUCGGUUUGAAGCAAACCCUCAGUUUCCUGUGCUGGAAUUCUUAUCUUUGUUGUUUAAGUACACAUUCAGACAGCCAACCAAUGACGGCUAUUACAGUUGUCUGGAUAUUUGGAUUACAUUUCUGGACUACUUACAUAACAAGCUAGAGGCCCGGGCAAUUAACAAGGAGGAUAUUUCUCAGAGGUACAAAGAAGCUUUGACAUCAUUGCUGACCAGUAUUGUGCAGAAGUUCCAGUUCCGCUACAACCAGUCUCAACUGGAGGAACUUGAUGAUGACACUUUAGAUGAUGAUGAAAAAACAGAAUGGCAGCAUUUCCUGCGGCAGAAUUUGGAAGUCGUAGCUAAAGUUGCUGAACUCAUGACACCAGAAGUCUUCCAGCUCGUAUGGGAGCCAUUCCAAGAACAUGUAGAGACAUAUUUUGGCAUUGAGAAGUUUGUUGACAGCUCAGGCUUCAAUCGGCAUCUACGUGUGUCUGCAGAGAAUGAUUGUAGAAGGCUGCAUUGUACUUUGAGAGACCUUUCAUCCCUCUUGCAAGCUUUGGGCAGACUGGCGGUCCAUUUCAUUGGGGAGCAUUUCGCUCUGAGGUUUACCAAUGCCAUGCAAAUAGUUUCCAGACUAGUCCAGAUAGCGUCAUAUGGUAGCAGAGUGAAGUUUUUUGAAGUAACCACAUCAGCUGGAGUUUUACAGCAAGAUUUUAUUGAAGUGCAUGCACAGUCUUUGGCAGCAAUUAAAGCUUACACCCAUUGGAUGCUGCAGUUCUAUACAGAAAGCCUGCGCACCAAUCAACAGAAGGAGGAUUUUAAUAGCAUGAUUGUGACAGUCAUGGAGGCAGUAACACCACUCAUUAACAAACAGGUUCCAGAUAAAAUCAUUCAGUCUGCUGCCCAUCUGCUGUUGUCAGUGACCACCACCAUUCGUCCAGCCUUCCUGUUCCAGAUAGCCCCAGUGGUCACUCUUUACGAGAGUGCUGGUCAAGGCAAUUGCCAGAACUUGGCACUAGAGGUUCAGCUGCUGGUCUAUCGCUCUCUGUCACACUACCUGCUGCUUCCCUGGCCCAGCGUCGGAGUAAGUGAACAGGACUGGGACAACAGAGCGGCGCACCACAAGGCAUUUAUCUCCCAUCUGGUGGCCCAGUUUGUCACUCUUGGCUCACACCCGGAGCUGGCAGUUUCCAAACAGGCACAGGAGCAAGCCAAGCCAGGGAUUAAAAAAACGAUGAUCAUCUGUCAAGACUGGGUGGAGUCGUUGGCUGGAGAGGUGGUCAAAUCCAAGCAGAUCUGCUGUAGCUCCCUGCAGGAAGUGACACAGACAACCCUGCUGAUAUUCCCAAUAUAUGUCCACGACGUGGAGGUGGUGGAGACCAUCAUGACCUACUUUCUUGCCAUGUUUCAAGGCCUUCGAGUUCAGAUGGGCGUUGCCUUUACGGAAAAGAUUAUACACACAUUUAUGAAUAUAUUUUCAAGGGAGCUGUUGACUCAGACAAUACAUCAAGAAACAAGUGGUGCUUUCAGGGUCAUUGAGAAUUUCUUGAAAAUAUUAGAGCUUAUUGUUCAAGAGCCAGGAUCCCAGUUCAAAUCUUUCCUUCCUCGUAUAAUUUCAAUAGCAAUGGAUCAGAUCUACCCUAUCAUUGCACCUAGACCAUCUCCUGACAUGAAGAGUGCCUUGUAUCACCUCUUGCAUGAAAUCCUUGCCAACAACUGGAGGUACUUUUUCAAAGGAUCCGUCCUUGAUGUUUUGAAGGAAUCAGGAGAUGGGUUAGAAAAUAGUGCACAGUUUAUCUCACUUCUGCAGGCAUAUGGGCAGUCGUUCUUACAGACAGAUAUAAGUAUUUUCAGACAAAACCUGGAAUCUCUGGAACAACUACACUUCAAAUGGAAGUUGUACAACAAGCAAAUCUUUAGAGAGGUGAUGAGCCAGCAGUUUCUGAAAGUGCUGUUGCAAGUGUUGGUACAAAAGUCACAUGAUCUUCUGCAGGAGGAGAUAGUUAUAUCUGUAUACAAUAUGGCUGCUGUGGACUUUGAUGUGUUUUUCAGUGACUUUCUCCCUCAGUUUUUGACAUCCGUGGAAGGAAUAGAUAACAACCAGAAAUCAGUAUUGGCAAAAAACUUCAAAACAGACAGGGAUCUGCCCUCCUUCACUCAAUCGGUACAGAGGUUUGUAAAUGACAUCCGCUAUUACAGCCUGAUCAACAGCAGUCUGCCUGCAGGAUCCGUAUCUUUAGUAUGA